AUGAAUAAGAAUGAAGUUAUGGAUCAUACUGUUGGUGGGAAGUUUAAGCUUGGAAGGAAAAUUGGGAGUGGGUCAUUUGGUGAACUUUAUUUAGGUGUCAAUAUUCAAAGUGGUGAAGAAGUAGCUAUUAAACUGGAACCUGUUAAGACAAGGCAUCCUCAACUUCAUUAUGAAUCAAAAAUAUAUAGGCUUCUUCAAGGAGGAACGGGAAUACCGAAUCUUAAGUGGUUUGGAGUCGAGGGAGAAUACAAUAUCAUGGUCAUUGACCUUCUUGGACCAAGCCUUGAAGAUCUUUUCAAUUAUUGCAAUAGAAAAUUCACCUUAAAAACGGUUCUAAUGCUUGCAGAUCAAUUACUAAACAGAGUUGAGUACAUGCAUGCGAGGGGUUUUCUUCACCGUGACUUAAAGCCUGACAAUUUUCUUAUGGGCCUUGGUCGCAAGGCUAAUCAGGUGUAUGCGAUUGAUUUUGGGCUAGCAAAAAAGUAUAGGGAUCUUCAAACUCAUAAACACAUACCGUAUAGGGAAAACAAGAAUCUAACAGGCACAGCCCGCUAUGCUAGUGUAAACACACAUCUUGGAGUUGAACAAAGUAGGCGGGAUGAUCUUGAAUCUCUUGGUUAUGUUCUUAUGUAUUUUAUUAGAGGAAGCCUACCAUGGCAGGGAUUAAAAGCGGGAAACAAAAAACAGAAAUAUGACAGGAUCAGUGAAAAGAAAAUGUUGACCCCGGUAGAGGUACUAUGUAAAUCAUACCCAUCGGAGUUCACAUCAUACUUUCAUUAUUGUCGAUCAUUAAGAUUCGAGGAUAAACCGGACUGUUCUUACUUGAAGAGGCUUUUCCGCGACUUAUUUAUUCGUGAAGGCUAUCAAUUUGACUACGUAUUUGAUUGGACGGUAUUGAAAUACCCUCAAGUAGGCGCCAGCUCUAGAGGACGGCAUGCUAGUGGUAAUGGAGGGUUAAAUGCUGGAACAUCGGCUGAAAAGCAGGGAAGACUUUCGGGUGGACAGGAAUCCCGUGCGUUAGAAGCAUUGUCAAGAAGAAACCCGGGGGUUGGUGCUCAUUUUGAACGUUCAAGAAACCGAACUUCUGAACAUCAGCCUUUGUCAAAGAAUGUGCAAGCCGAUUCUGAGAAGGUGAGAACGUCUCGAAACGGGAGCUUCUCGAAGUAUGCAGUUCUCUCGGGAACAAGACCAGGGUCAUCAGGUGCCCCGUCAAGCCGAGUUGUGUCGAGUGUUGGGGCCCGCACAUCAAGAGCACAACUUGGCCAUGAGACGAAACCAUCGGGGCUUGCUCGUGCCACAAAGAGUGGCCGAGAAGACCUGCUUCUCCGAAGCUUUGAGAAUCUCCAAAUCAGGAAGUAAAGUUUUGGGCACUCUUCCAUAUUUUUCACGGUGGCACGUGACUCGUUAUGCUUAUAAUUACUGAACAUGAACAUGAUGGUUAUUUUGUUGAUUAUGCAUGUUUUGGAAUGGCAAUCUGGUGAGUCCUGAAAUGAAUAAGCAAUUAAGCAUAGGUAAGUGGGAUUUGGUAGCAACAUAGUUACUGAAUGAGUUCCUCGUGACAACAUAGUGAUCGCACAUGUAACUUUUACCAUUUACACCUCAAUUAUCACACAUUUUCAUUUGUGAUGCUUCGACCCAUAUGUAAAGUGAA